CAAGGUUCAGAGAAUUUAUUUCUCUUUUAUUUUCCUCGACAACUGCAAUUUGUCCUGUCACCUCCGCUUGACUUCCCAUUUGGGUCUCCCUUACUCAGCUAGUUUUCGACGAAAGCUUCAAACUAAGAGAAAGCAAAGCAUACUCUCUUUCUGUUUGACAUCUUACUUGUAUAUUUGGCAUAAAUCCAUGAAUAUUCCCCGUAUUCUAAGCUACCCAUCAAUUUUUUGUAUCAAAAAAUACACAAGUAUAUGAAGUGUAGGAGCGUGUAGAGAACUGGAGAAGCUCUCGAAUCCAAGAUGGGUUCUUUUUCUUUUUCUAUCUUGCUUCUUGAUCUUCUUGGUUUGGUUUUGUACGUGGCAGUGUUGUGUAAUGGAGGCAAAACCAGCAGUUUUGUUAGGCCAGUGGAGAAGACUGUUGAUAUGCCUCUUGAUAGUGAUGUUUUCCGAGUCCCUCCUGGUUACAAUGCUCCCCAACAGGUUCACAUAACACAAGGAGAUCAUGAUGGGAAGGCAGUGAUAGUGUCAUGGGUGACUGAGGAAUUACCUGGUUCAAACUCAGUGCUUUACUGGACUGAAAAUAGCACACAUAAGGAGGCCAAAGGCAAACAUAAGACCUAUAAAUUCUACAAUUACACCUCUGGUUACAUUCAUCACUGCACCAUCAGAAACUUGGAGUACAACACCAAAUAUUACUAUGUAGUUGGGAUUGGUCAUACUACGAGGCAAUUCUGGUUUGUAACUCCUCCAGCAGUUGGCCCUGAUGUCCCCUAUACAUUUGGUCUCAUAGGGGAUCUCGGUCAGAGUUUUGAUUCAAACAAAACACUCACUCACUAUGAAAUGAACCCACAAAAAGGAAAGACUGUGUUGUUUGUUGGAGACCUCUCUUAUGCAGAUACCUACCCAAAUCAUGACAAUGUCAGGUGGGAUACAUGGGGAAGGUUUGUAGAGAGAAGUGCUGCUUAUCAACCUUGGAUAUGGACUGCAGGAAAUCACGAGAUCGAUUUUUUCCCUGAAAUUGGUGAAACUAAACCUUUUAAGCCAUACACUCAUCGGUAUCAUGUCCCAUAUAAAGCAUCAGGCAGUACUGCUCCUUUUUGGUACUCAAUCAAGAGAGCUUCAGCAUAUAUUAUUGUCUUGUCUUCAUAUUCAGCAUAUGGUAAGUACACUCCUCAGUAUCAAUGGCUUGAAGCAGAGCUGCCGAAAGUUAACAGGACCAAGACACCAUGGUUGAUUGUUCUCAUGCAUUCCCCAUGGUAUAAUAGCUACAACUAUCAUUACAUGGAAGGAGAGACUAUGAGAGUAAUGUAUGAGCCAUGGUUUGUUCAGUACAAAGUUGAUGUCGUUUUCGCUGGUCAUGUUCAUGCCUAUGAACGAUCUGAACGCAUAUCCAAUGUCGCAUACAACAUUGUAAAUGGAAAAUGCACUCCAGUAGCAGAUCAAACUGCUCCGGUAUACAUCACAAUCGGCGAUGGAGGAAACCUUGAAGGCUUGGCAACUAACAUGACAGAGCCGCAGCCAGCGUACUCAGCAUAUCGCGAGGCCAGUUUCGGUCAUGCUAUUUUUGAUAUUAAAAACAGAACCCAUGCUUACUACAGUUGGCAUCGUAAUCAGGAUGGAUAUGCUGUAGAAGCUGAUUCUAUGUGGUUCAACAACAGAUACUGGCAUCCCGUAGAUGAUUCUAGAGGUGCCCAAUCAUAGUGAACAAAUUAUUUGUUCUGUUAAACAUUAUGGAAUAAAGUAGCCAUGUCAAAGUUGGUCAUAACACAAAAUCUUCCCCUAAAGCCACUAUUGCCUCUUCUCAAUUUGUUUGGUUAAAUAAGAAGAAAAACUGUAUAGUAAAAUUGCUACAUAUGAUCGUAUGCUUGUAUGUCUCAACUGGUAGAAGCCAGAACAAUAUUGCAAGAAGAGGAGGCAUUAAAAGACCCUUGUAUCUAUUUGCUUUUCAAUAAAGUUAAAAUAGUUUUGGUUAUAAA